GCGCCGUUUUCAGAACGCGAAAAAACAUAAACCCUACUUCUCUACUUCUCCAUUUCUCCGAGUUAACUAUUCUGUUUUCAUUCGAUUACUCUUCCGGCAAUCGUUCUUCCUCCAAUGGCAUCUCCUCCUCCUUCAUCGUCGGAGGCCGCAGCUCCAACUCCAACUCCUUCUCCGUCGGCGGCCACAGCUCAAGCUCUCGGCGGCGAGCUAAGCAAGAAUGCAUUAAAGCGUGAACUGAAGAUCAGACAGAAAGAAGAAGAGAGAAAGCGCAAGGAGGAAGAGAAGGCCAAAAAGGCAGCAGAAACUCAAAAUGCUCAAGCUAACAAGCCUGCAUCUGCUGAUGAUGAAGAUAUGGACCCCACUCAAUACCUUGAGAACAGGCUCAAGUACCUUGCAGCUCAGAAGGCUGAAGGGAUUAACCCAUACCCGCACAAGUUCUCUGUGACCAUGUCAAUUAGUCAAUACAUUGACAAAUACGAAUCAUUGGAAAAGGGGGAGCACCUUGAAGAUGUCUCUGUCUCUUUGUCUGGCCGGGUCAUGGUUAAACGCCCUUCGGGCUCCAAGCUUGUCUUUUAUGACUUGCAUGGUGGCGGCUUUAAGGUCCAGGUUAUCGCUGAUGCAAGUAAAUCUGACUUGGGUGAGGCCGGAUUUUCCAAAUUCCAUUCUAAUGUCAAACGUGGUGAUAUUGUUGGUGUUACUGGGUUUCCAGGGAAGAGUAAGAGGGGAGAGCUCAGUAUUUUCCCCAAGACAUUUGUAGUGCUGUCUCAUUGUCUUCAUAUGAUGCCAAGGCAAAAAUCUGCUGCUGCUGCUGCAGAUGCAAAUUUGAUGAAAGAUCCAUGGGUACCAGGAAAAACUAGGAAUCCCGAAACAUACAUCUUGAAGGAUCAGGAAACAAGAUAUCGUAUGCGCCACUUGGAUUUAAUGCUGAAUCCAGAGGUCCGAGAGAUAUUUAAGACCAGAUCUAAAAUCAUAGCUUACAUCAGGAGGUUCCUAGAUAACCUUGAUUUUUUGGAGGUUGAAACACCUAUGAUGAAUAUGAUUGCUGGUGGAGCAGCAGCUCGUCCAUUUGUCACUCAUCACAAUGAACUCAACAUGAGAUUAUUCAUGAGAAUUGCUCCAGAACUUUAUCUGAAGGAGCUGGUUGUUGGUGGCCUUGAUCGUGUUUAUGAAAUUGGUAAACAGUUUAGAAAUGAAGGUAUAGAUUUGACGCACAAUCCAGAGUUCACUACAUGUGAGUUUUAUAUGGCUUACAUGGACUACAAUGACGUAAUGGGGAUAACAGAGCAAAUGUUGAGUGGUAUGGUCAAGGAACUUACAAAAGGAAGCUAUAAAAUCAAAUAUCAUGCGAACGGGAUUGAUAAGGAUCCUAUUGAAAUAGACUUCACUCCACCUUUCAGAAGGAUUGAUAUGAUUGAGGGACUGGAGAAGAUGGCAGGCCUAAGUAUUCCUAAGGACUUGGCGGGUGAGGAAGCUAAUAAAUAUCUGAGGGAUGCUUGCUUGCGGUAUGAAAUUAAAUGCCCUCCCCCGGAGACAACUGCUAGAUUGUUGGAUAAACUCGUGGGUCACUUUUUGGAAGAAACGUGUGUCAAUCCCACAUUCAUCAUAAAUCAUCCUGAGAUCAUGAGUCCCUUAGCAAAGUGGCACAGAUCUAAACCAGGCCUGACAGAACGAUUUGAAUUAUUUGUGAACAAACAUGAACUCUGCAAUGCAUAUACUGAGUUGAAUGAUCCUGUAGUACAACGUCAGAGAUUUGCUGAACAAUUGAAGGAUCGGCAAUCCGGUGAUGAUGAAGCAAUGGCCUUAGAUGAAACCUUCUGUACGGCUCUCGAGUAUGGUCUGCCUCCAACUGGUGGUUGGGGUUUGGGGAUUGAUCGACUCACCAUGUUGUUGACGGACUCGCAAAAUAUUAAGGAAGUUCUUCUUUUCCCUGCCAUGAAACCUCAAGAUUAAACCCCAUUUUCAUGCUUUGUAGGUUUCUCUUCUUUUCAAUACAAACAAGAAUUCAUUUCUUAAACAAUACUGUUUUAAUUUCAUUGCUAGAUUAUUAUGUUAUAUGGUCAUUUACGUAGUUUGAUUGGUCAUAAUUACUAUCAGAUUACAUUGUUUAGAAUUUUUUUUUAAUUAUUUAAGCUAUUAGCUACCUAUUUGUGCCCCUAAUAUAGAUCGGGCCCCUAACUGUUAUUUAAGAAGACGGGUAAUGCUACGGUGAGGAAUUCAAAUUUUUUCUAUAA